AUGGGCAAUCCAGUGCCAGACCAAGCACAGCAACAAAACGUCAUUCAUCGUCGAUAUUUUCUCUCCCUCAUCCUACUUCUGCCCCUUCACGGAUACUACAACUUUAUACGGCAUCAUGGGUGGCUCAACGGAACCGUGGGUCUCGUUAAAGAAGCCGUAACGCUUACCGUCGUUUGCCAAUUUUUCUUCGGUAAUCAUUACGCAAGCCGUGACAACAAUCGUCACAUGGCAGAGCGUAAUGUGCGGCGAGCUGCUCACGCGGCAAAUAUUACCGGCACCGUCUUUCUUGCGUUGGGCUUACUUUGGGGCUGCUACGUGCUGACGACACACGAAGACGAUGUAAACGACAACGAGAAUGCGUUUAAUAUUAUGGGUAAUAGGGUGUACCUUGUCGCGCUCAUGGCAAUGGCUUUUCUCAUUCGGCUCUGCUCCUUGCAGCCUGGUGCUGACGAGCUCGAGUUUUUUUAA